UGAGUGUGCGGCGGGCCCCGACUUCCUGCUCGCUCUGCGCUGCAGGUACGCGCGGGCCGGGCCGGCGGGCAGGCGGCAGGCGGAGAGACACGGGUACCUCCUGUCCCGGACCGGCCGUGCCGCGCCGUCGCCCCACGGGCGGCUGCCAGUCCGCCCCGGCCACGCAAGGGUCCGGUCCUGCAGCGGGGCGCCUGCUCCCCGGCCCAGACGCCGCCGUCCCGCGCGCCUGCCCCGAGGGCCGCAGCCAUGAACGAGAUGUCCAGCUUCCUGCACAUCGGGGACAUCGUCUCUCUGUACGCCGAAGGCUCGGUCAACGGCUUCAUCAGCACUUUGGGGCUGGUGGACGACCGCUGUGUGGUGGAGCCUGCAGCUGGGGACCUGGACAACCCCCCCAAGAAGUUCCGAGACUGCCUCUUCAAGGUGUGCCCCAUGAACCGCUACUCGGCCCAGAAGCAGUACUGGAAGGCCAAGCAGAGCAAGCAGGACAAGGAGAAGAUCGCAGACGUGGUGCUGCUGCAGAAGCUGCAGCAUGCAGCCCAGAUGGAGCGGAAGCAGAACGACACAGAGAACAAGAAGGUGCACGGGGAUGUCGUGAAGUACGGCAGCGUGAUCCAGCUCUUGCACAUGAAGAGCAACAAGUAUCUGACGGUGAACAAGCGCCUCCCUGCGCUGCUGGAGAAAAAUGCCAUGCGGGUGACGCUCGAUGCUACCGGCAACGAGGGCUCCUGGCUCUUUAUCCAGCCCUUCUGGAAGCUGCGCAGCAACGGAGACAACGUCGUCGUUGGGGACAAGGUGAUCCUGAACCCCGUGAAUGCAGGGCAGCCUCUGCACGCCAGCAGCUACGAGCUCAGUGACAAUGCGGGCUGCAAGGAGGUCAACUCUGUGAACUGCAACACCAGCUGGAAGAUCAACCUGUUCAUGCAGUUCCGGGACCACCUGGAGGAGGUGUUGAAGGGGGGAGACGUGGUACGGCUGUUCCAUGCGGAGCAAGAGAAGUUCUUGACCUGUGACGAGUACAAGGGCAAACUGCAGGUCUUUCUGCGAACCACACUGCGCCAGUCGGCCACCUCAGCCACCAGCUCCAAUGCGCUCUGGGAGGUGGAGGUGGUCCAUCACGACCCCUGCCGUGGGGGCGCUGGCCACUGGAACGGCCUAUACCGCUUCAAACACCUGGCCACGGGCAACUACCUGGCUGCAGAGGAAAACCCCAGCUACAAGGGUGAUGCCCCAGACCCCAAGGCAGCAGGAGCGGGUGCCCAGGGCCGAGCAGGUCGCAGGAAUGCAGGGGAGAAGAUCAAGUACCGCCUGGUGGCUGUGCCCCACGGCAGCGACAUCGCUUCCCUCUUUGAGCUGGACCCUACCACGCUGCAGAAGACGGACUCCUUUGUGCCACGGAACUCGUACGUGCGGCUGCGGCACCUGUGCACUAACACGUGGAUCCAGAGCACCAACGUGCCCAUCGAUGUGGACGAGGAGCGGCCCAUCCGCCUCAUGCUGGGCACCUGCCCCACCAAGGAGGACAAGGAGGCCUUCGCCAUCGUGUCCGUGCCUGUGUCUGAGAUCCGCGACCUGGACUUUGCCAACGACGCCAGCUCCAUGCUGGCCAGCGCCGUGGAGAAACUCAACGAGGGCUUCAUCAGCCAGAAUGACCGAAGGUUUGUCAUCCAGCUGCUGGAGGACCUGGUGUUCUUUGUCAGUGAUGUCCCCAACAAUGGGCAGAACGUCCUGGAUAUCAUGGUCACCAAGCCCAACCGGGAGCGGCAGAAGCUGAUGAGGGAGCAGAAUAUCCUCAAACAGAUCUUUGGUAUCCUGAAGGCCCCUUUCCGAGACAAGGGUGGCGAGGGCCCCCUGGUGCGGCUGGAGGAGCUGUCAGACCAGAAGAAUGCGCCCUACCAGCACAUGUUCCGCCUCUGCUACCGCGUGCUGCGGCACUCGCAGGAGGACUACCGCAAGAACCAGGAGCACAUUGCCAAGCAGUUCGGGAUGAUGCAGUCACAGAUCGGCUAUGACAUCCUGGCCGAGGACACCAUCACUGCCCUGCUGCAUAACAACCGCAAGCUGCUGGAGAAGCACAUCACCAAGACCGAGGUGGAGACCUUCGUGAGCCUCGUGCGCAAGAACCGGGAGCCCAGGUUCCUCGACUACCUCUCGGAUCUGUGUGUGUCAAACCACAUUGCCAUCCCUGUCACCCAGGAGCUUAUCUGCAAGUGUGUUCUGGACCCCAAGAACAGCGACAUCCUCAUCCAGACCGAGCUCAGACCCGUGAAGGAGAUGGCUCAGUCCCACGAGUACCUGAGCAUCGAGUACUCGGAGGAGGAGGUGUGGCUCACGUGGACCGACAAGAACAACGAGCACCACGAGAAGAGCGUGCGGCAGCUAGCCCAGGAGGCACGGGCGGGCAAUGCCCACGAUGAGAGUGUGCUCAGCUACUACAGGUACCAGCUGAAGCUCUUUGCCCGCAUGUGCCUGGACCGCCAGUACCUGGCCAUCGACGCCAUCUCCCGGCAGCUGGGCGUGGAUCUGAUCUUCCUGUGCAUGGCGGACGAGGUGCUGCCCUUCGACCUUCGCGCCUCCUUCUGCCACCUGAUGCUGCACGUGCACGUGGACCGCGACCCCCAGGAGCUCGUCACGCCUGUCAAGUUCGCCCGCCUCUGGACCGAGAUCCCCACUGCCAUCACCAUCAAGGACUAUGACUCCAACCUCAACGCCUCCCGGGACGACAAGAAGAACAAAUUCGCCAGCACCAUGGAGUUCGUGGAGGACUACCUCAACAACGUGGUCAGCGAGGCCGUGCCCUUUGCCAACGAGGAGAAGAACAUGCUCACCUAUGAGGUGGUCAGUCUGGCGCACAACCUCAUCUACUUCGGGUUCUACAGCUUCAGUGAGCUCCUGCGCCUCACACGCACGCUGCUGGGUAUCAUUGACUGCGUGCAGGGCCCCCCAGCCAUGCUUCAGGCCUACGAGGACCCAGGUGGCAAGAACGUGCGGCGGUCCAUCCAGGGCGUGGGGCACAUGAUGUCCACCAUGGUGCUGAGCCGCAAGCAGUCUGUCUUCGGUGCCCCCAACCUGCCACCCAGUGCCGGUGCCCCUGAGCCGCUGGACAGGAGCAAGUUUGAGAACAACGAGGCCAUCGUAGUGAUGGAGACCAAGCUUAAGAUCUUGGAUAUCCUGCAGUUCAUCCUCAAUGUGCGCUUGGACUACCGCAUCUCCUACCUGCUGUCAGUGUUCAAGAAGGAGUUUGUGGAGGUGUUUCCUAUGCAGGACAGUGGGGCUGAUGGCACGGCGCCUGCCUUCGACUCUACCACUGCCAACAUGAACCUGGACCGCAUCGGGGAGCAGGCCGAGGCAAUGUUUGGAGUGGGGAAGACGAGCAGCAUGCUGGAGGUGGACGACGAGGGCGGCCGCACGUUCCUGCGCGUGCUCAUCCACCUCACCAUGCACGACUACGCACCGCUCGUCUCGGGCGCCCUGCAGCUGCUCUUCAAGCACUUCAGCCAGCGCCAGGAGGCCAUGCACACCUUCAAGCAGGUGCAGCUGCUGAUCUCGGCCCAGGAUGUGGAGAACUACAAGGUGAUCAAGUCGGAGCUGGACCGGCUGCGGACCAUGGUGGAGAAGUCAGAGCUGUGGGUGGACAAGAAGGGCAGUGGCAAGGGCGAGGAGGGCGAGCCGGGCACUGCCAAGGACAAGAAGGAGGGGCCCACGGACGAGGAGGCCCCUGGGGAGAAGGGCAGUGAAAACUAUCAGAUCGUCAAAGGCAUCCUGGAGCGGCUGAACAAGAUGUGUGGGGUCGGAGAGCAGAUGCGGAAGAAGCAGCAGCGGCUUCUGAAGAACAUGGAUGCCCACAAGGUCAUGCUGGACCUGCUGCAGAUCCCCUACGAUAAGGGUGAUGCCAAGAUGCUGGAGAUCCUGCGCUACACACACCAGUUCCUGCAGAAGUUCUGCGCCGGCAACGCGGGCAACCAGGCCCUGCUGCACAAGCACCUGCACCUCUUCCUCACUCCAGGGCUGCUGGAGGCUGAGACCAUGCAGCACAUCUUUCUGAACAACUACCAGCUGUGCUCGGAGAUCGGCGAGCCCGUGCUGCAGCACUUCGUACACCUGCUGGCCACGCACGGCCGCCACGUGCAGUACCUGGAUUUCCUGCACACGGUCAUUAAAGCCGAGGGCAAGUACGUGAAGAAGUGCCAAGACAUGAUCAUGACUGAGCUGACCAAUGCAGGGGAUGAUGUGGUCGUGUUCUACAACGACAAGGCCUCGCUGGCCCACCUGCUGGACAUGAUGAAGGCUGCACGCGAUGGCGUGGAGGACCACAGCCCCCUCAUGUACCACAUCUCCUUGGUGGACCUGCUGGCCGCCUGCGCCGAAGGCAAGAACGUGUACACCGAGAUCAAGUGCACGUCCCUGUUGCCGCUGGAGGACGUGGUGUCUGUGGUGACGCAUGAGGACUGCAUCACUGAGGUGAAGAUGGCCUACGUGAACUUCGUGAACCACUGCUAUGUGGACACAGAGGUGGAGAUGAAGGAGAUCUACACCAGUAACCACAUCUGGACCUUGUUUGAGAGUUUCACCCUGGACAUGGCACGGGUAUGCAGCAAGCGAGAGAAGCGCCUGUCAGACCCUGCCCUGGAGAAGUACGUGCUGACGGUGGUGCUGGACACCAUCAACGCCUUCUUCAGCUCCCCGUUUUCUGAGAACAGCACCUCCCUGCAGACACACCAGACCAUAGUGGUGCAGCUGCUGCAGUCCACCACGCGGCUGCUCGAGUGCCCGUGGCUGCAGCAGCAGCACAAGGGCUCCGUGGAGCUCUGCAUCCGGACCCUCGCCGUGGUGGCCAAGGGCCGGGCCAUCUCGCUGCCCAUGGACCUGGACGCCCACAUCAGCUCGCUGCUCAGCAGUGGGGCCAGCUGUGCCGCAGCCGCGCAGCGCAGUGCUGCCAGCUACAAGACGGCCACCCGCACCUUCCCCCGCGUCACCCCCACGGCCAACCAGUGGGACUACAAGAACAUCAUUGAGAAGCUGCAGGACAUCAUCACAGCCCUGGAGGAGCGGCUGAAGCCCCUGGUGCAGGCUGAGCUGUCGGUGCUGGUGGACGUGCUGCACUGGCCCGAGCUGCUCUUCCUGGAGGGCAGCGAGGCCUAUCAGCGCUGCGAGAGCGGUGGCUUCCUGUCCAAGCUGAUCCAGCACACCAAGGACCUCAUGGAGUCGGAGGAGAAGCUCUGCAUCAAGGUGCUGCGGACACUGCAGCAGAUGCUGCUCAAGAAGAACAAGUAUGGCGACCGGGGCAACCAGCUCCGCAAGAUGCUGCUGCAGAACUACCUCCAGAACCGGAAGUCCAGGGACCUCCCGGAGCCUGUGGGCUCUGGCCUGGACCAGGACUGGUCAGCGAUUGGGGCCACCCAGUGCCGGCUAGACAAGGAGGGGGCCACCAAGCUGGUAUGCGACCUCAUCACCAGCACCAAGCACGAGAAGAUCUUCCAGGAGAGCAUCGGCCUGGCCAUCCGCCUGCUGGAUGGGGGCAACACAGAGAUACAGAAGUCCUUCUAUAACCUGAUGACGAGUGACAAGAAGUCAGAGCGCUUCUUUAAGGUGCUCCAUGACCGCAUGAAGCGGGCCCAGCAGGAGACCAAGUCCACGGUGGCUGUGAACAUGAACGACCUGGGGUGCCAGCCGAGGGAAGACCGUGAGCCGGCUGGCCCCCCGGCUGCCAAAGGCCGCGUGGCCUCCUUCUCCGUGCCUGGCUCCCCGUCGGGAUCCUCGCUGGGCCCCAGCCUGCGCGGGGGGCACGAGGUGAGCGCGCGUGCGCAGAGCAACGAGAUGGGCACGUCGGUGCUCAUCAUGCAGCCCAUCCUGCGCUUCCUGCAGCUGCUGUGCGAAAACCACAACCGCGACCUGCAGAACUUCCUGCGCUGUCAAAACAACAAGACCAACUACAACCUGGUGUGUGAGACGCUGCAGUUCCUGGACAUCAUGUGUGGCAGCACCACCGGUGGCCUGGGGCUGCUGGGCCUGUACAUCAACGAGGACAACGUGGGCCUUGUCACCCAGACCCUGGAAACCCUCACUGAGUACUGCCAGGGUCCCUGCCACGAGAAUCAGACCUGCAUUGUGACGCACGAGUCCAACGGCAUCGACAUCAUCACCGCAUUGGUUCUCAACGACAUCAGCCCCCUGUGCAAGUACCGCAUGGACCUGGUGCUGCAGCUCAAGGACAAUGCCUCCAAGCUGCUCUUGGCCUUGAUGGAGAGUCGGCACGACAGUGAAAACGCGGAGCGCAUCCUCAUCAGCUUGCGACCACAGGAGCUGGUGGAUGUCAUUAAGAAGGCCUACGUGCAGGAGGAGGAGCGCGAGAACUCGGAGGUGAGCCCGCGAGAAGUGGGCCACAACAUCUACAUCCUCGCACUGCAGCUUUCCAGGCACAAUAAACAGCUGCAACACCUGCUGAAGCCGGUGAAGCGCAUCCAGGAGGAGGAGGCCGAGGGCAUCUCCUCCAUGCUCAGCCUCAACAACAAGCAGCUGUCACAGAUGCUCAAGUCCUCAGUGCCGGCGCCAGAGGAAGAGGAGGACCCGCUGGCCUACUACGAGAGCCACACGUCGCAGAUCGAGAUUGUGCGGCAGGACCGCAGCAUGGAGCAGAUCGUGUUCCCGGUGCCCGCCAUCUGCCAGUUCCUGACGGAGGAGACCAAGCACCGCCUCUUCACCACCACGGAGCAGGACGAGCAGGGCAGCAAAGUGAGCGACUUCUUCGACCAGUCCUCCUUCCUGCACAACGAGAUGGAGUGGCAGCGCAAGCUCCGCAGCAUGCCGCUCAUCUACUGGUUCUCCCGCCGCAUGACCCUGUGGGGCAGUAUCUCCUUCAACCUGGCAGUGUUCAUCAACAUCAUCAUAGCCUUCUUCUACCCGUAUGUGGAGGGCGCGUCCACAGGUGUGCUGGGAUCCCCACUCAUCUCGCUGCUGUUUUGGAUCCUCAUCUGCUUCUCCAUCGCCGCCCUGUUCACCAAGCACUACAGCAUCCGCCCCCUCAUCGUGGCGCUCAUCCUGCGCUCCAUUUACUACCUGGGCAUUGGGCCCACGCUCAACAUCCUGGGUGCCCUCAAUCUGACCAACAAGAUUGUGUUCGUGGUGAGCUUUGUGGGCAACCGUGGCACCUUCAUCCGGGGUUACAAGGCCAUGGUCAUGGACGUGGAGUUCCUGUACCACGUGGGCUACAUCCUCACGAGCGUGCUGGGCCUCUUUGCCCAUGAGCUCUUCUACAGCAUCCUGCUCUUUGACCUCAUCUACCGUGAGGAGACGCUGUUCAAUGUCAUCAAAAGUGUGACCCGAAACGGCCGCUCCAUCCUGCUGACUGCCCUGCUGGCUCUCAUCCUUGUCUACCUCUUCUCCAUCGUGGGCUUCCUCUUCCUUAAGGAUGACUUCAUUCUCGAGGUGGACCGGCUGCCUGGCAACCACUCCCGAGCCAACCCCCUGGGGGUGCCACAUGGAGCUGCCACAUUUGUGGGCACAUGCAGUGGGGACAAGAUGGACUGUGUGGCAGAGGUCACAGUGCCUGAGGUCCUGGAAGAGGACGAAGAGACUGACAGCAUGGAGCGGGCCUGUGACACUCUGCUCAUGUGCAUCGUCACUGUCAUGAACCACGGGCUGCGCAAUGGUGGCGGUGUGGGCGACAUUCUCCGCAAGCCCUCCAAAGAUGAGUCCCUGUUCCCUGCCCGGGUGGUCUACGACCUGCUCUUCUUCUUCAUUGUCAUCAUCAUUGUGCUGAACCUCAUCUUUGGGGUCAUCAUCGACACCUUUGCUGACCUGCGCAGCGAGAAGCAGAAGAAGGAGGAGAUCCUCAAGACCACGUGCUUCAUCUGCGGUCUGGAGAGGGACAAGUUUGACAAUAAGACAGUGUCCUUCGAGGAGCAUAUUAAGCUGGAGCACAACAUGUGGAGCUACCUGCACUUCAUCGUGCUGGUGCGUGUGAAAAACAAGACAGACUACACAGGCCCCGAGAGCUACGUGGCGCAGAUGAUCAAGAAUAAGAACCUGGACUGGUUCCCUCGGAUGCGGGCCAUGUCCCUGGUGAGCAAUGAGGGCGAGGGCGAGCAGAACGAGAUCCGGAUCCUCCAGGAGAAGCUGGGCUCCACCAUGAAGCUGGUGUCGCACCUCACUGCCCAGCUCAGCGAACUCAAGGAGCAGAUGACAGAACAGCGCAAACGCAGGCAGCGGCUGGGCUUCGUGGAUGUCCAGAACUGCAUGAGCCGCUGAGAAGCCUGCAGAGGCCUGCAGGGACCCGGAGCCUGAGACCUGCUGGGCACGCUGCUCUUGCCCCAGCCAGGUGCCUACCCUCCACUGCCAGACACCCCAGCGGUAUAGCCCCAGCUGUUGCCAGCCAGGAGCAGGAGCCUUGGAAGCUGCCGGGACUGUUUACGUUAAUGCCUGCGGGAGGCCUCUGAACCACCAUUGCUUCGUGGUCCUCCUGGAGGUGGCUAGGAGCAGGCAGCUCUCUACGCACUACAUUUUGGUGGCUGUCCACACCAGGGGAGGUGGCAGGAUGCUGUUCUAGACUAGGGCUUUUUUAUUUAACUUAUUCCAAAGUGCUGUGCCCAGCCCCCUGCUGAUCUCUGCCAUGGGCCUCCCCUACCCUGGCUUCCUGGGGAGGUCAUACCCCUAAGUGACAGGGGCUGAGCCCCUGAGAGUGGCUGUUUCUUGACUCCUACUUUUUUGCUUUUGGUGUAUUGUUUUACAAACCUUUUGUUCUCAGAACUAAUUCAUUAAUUGCCUUAAAUAAAUUAAUAGAAAUCCAGCCCAUGAAGGAGGGCUAUUCCCUUUACUUCCCUGGCCAGCAGGGAUGAGGGGGCACCAUCGUAGACUGGUGGCGGACAGCACCCCUGCCUUUCCCUGCGGGCUGGGCUGUGCCUCAGUGCUCGGAGUACCAAGUGGCCUCUGUCCCACAGUGACUGAGAACCCGGCUCCCAGGCAGCAGUGCAUGUGGCCUAUCCUCUCUUUCACCCCAGGUGGCUAGAAUGCCUCACCCCGAGUGCCACGGAGGGUCAUCUCAGGGCAGGGCGCUCAGUGGUGUGCUGAGGCUCUGUUCCAACCGCUGGGCCCGGCCCAUGAGCUCCCGCAGCCCUGCAGGGGGCCGAGGACAGCUGCAGCCUGAGGCCCACCUGGCUGAGGCUGCCUGGAGCUGUGCUGUCGCUUUGGCCAGUGGGCACUGUGCUAGCCACGGGGAUGGGGGCAUGCAGGACCCUGGCAACCCAGCCUCGCCGCCUCCCGCUGGCUUCGGUUUGCAACAGGAAUUCCUUCUCGAUUUCCUGCUGCUCUUGGCUUUCUCCCAGCAGCUCCCCUGACCUCAGGAGCC